AUGUCAUACAUGGUCGACAAGGCACCGUCCCAAGACCCCCUUCUCCAGAGACAGGUUCGCCCAUGGGAGCCUGCAGAGCACCGUCCCUGCCUGACCUGGAGCAGAAGUGCUUACAGACCCUUCAACACUGUCAAGAACAAGUACCAGCCAUGGACCCCAGUUGCUGCUCCCAGAAACUAA